GCCAGCGGAUGCGGCACUAGCACAACCACAAGAGACGGACGCGGCACAUGACCCGAACAAGAAAACGAAUGCGACGUCCGCACUCUUGGAGGCUUCCCGCUCUUCCGGUUUCGCAGACGUGAGUCUCGCUCGUCGGUCCCAAACAAGUAUAGACCAGAUGGUCGAGAAUGGCGUCACCGAACAUGAGGUUUCCUCGACGGAAGGCAUGUAUGUAGAAGAAGCGCACCAUGACGGAGAUGACUAUGAUCAUGACGACGCCGAUUCAUCGCAUGCGGAUCUCAUGCGGGGGUGGGGCAUUGUCAUUGUUUAAGCGAGCGCAGACACAUCGUUUCGAGUAGCGGAGCGGAACGGUGUGGGAAAGAAUUCUCCGUAACUGCAUCGUGCCGAGUAGCGGAGCGGAACGAUGCGGGAAAGAUUUCUCCGUGCGGCUGCAUUGUUUCGAGCAGCGGGGCGGAACAGUGGGGGAAAGAUUUCUCGGUAUGCGAACGGAGGAGGUUGCAGUAGCACUUUAGUGGGAGAAGAUUGCGUAGUGUGGACGUCUUUUAUACCCCUGGAGUGGGUACAUUCAUUCACUCAGUGCAUCACCAUGUCAAUUUUGGAGAACGAGGAAUUAUUUUCAAAGUGCCACUGCGACGUGAGCAGUCUCCGAAGUUCGCGAGUUGGGUUGCUGUUUUGUCUUUAGCAUGAUCGACUGAAUAAGCGAUAUAAUAAGCUGGGGUUUUUUUCAGAUGAGAAAUGGGGUCUCAUACAGAUGUUGAUGCUAGAUAUGCCUAUGAGGGGGUAAAGCCAGCAGAGAAGAUGGGAGGAGUCUGCGGCAGAUGGAAGAUAUGAAGAUGAAUUUUCUUCAGCGAACUUUUCCUCAGGGAAUGGCACAGCACCAGUGGUAAUAUUGUAUUCUUCAAGAAGCGUCGAGGAGAUGUUUCAACGAACGUGGGCGGACAACCAUAUUUGCAUUCCUCGUAUCACUAUGGAAGUUCUUGUGCAGAGUGAAAACUUGUGUAGAAUGACGGAGCCAGCAAGGGUGUUGCACCUCCAUACCCAUGGCACGGACGAGAUUGUAGUAACUCCCGACAGGACUGUGGUUGCACUACAGGACAAGAUGUUGCUCUACUACGCACAGUGUGGAUGUGCCUCCAGUGUGCUGGUACUAUCGAACCACGCAUACGGCCGGACGGUCCUGAGUGUGCUGCUGCUGGUCCUAACGAUGCUCCUAAAAAGCUGCAGAACCAGCACAAUCUCCAGACUUUUCGCUGAAGAGGAUCCCCAGACUCUUUUGCGAGUUUCGUUUUCAAGUGGGUUUGGCGAUUUAUUGUUGGAUAUGAACGACGAGCCUUGCUUACAUACGGGAGUAUUCUACUUGAGGUUCGUUAUCAUCUUCAUCGAGUAUGAUGAUGUGCGUCUUGCGAAUGCCACCACUAAAUCAUGAGAAUUCAUGAUACAUGGAAGAACAAGAAGGGUCCUUCCUCCACUAUUUAUGCUUCGAGUGAACAGUCUUAAGAGGCAACAAUUAAGAGAAUUAUAAUUGCAACAUGUGUUUUUUGUUUCCUAGUUUUGUUAGGCUUGCCCCACCGUUAGAAUUAUUACAGAACAUGUCUAUUAAGUAGCUUAUGCUUUCUCUUACUAGAACGAAAUCCAGCAACCUCAACAUCGUUAGGUAGACAAUCAACCUCAAGACCGUUAGGUAGACAAUCAGCCUCAACAUCGUUAGGCAAUCAAUGUCAAAUGUCGUAAGAAAUGCAAGUUUUCGGAUGUUGUUGGUUCCUUCUAAGGUACCUACAGCGGAAUAGAUAGCAGUAAAUACAUUUUGCCAGUCGGUAGUAGGGAUAGAGUGCCUAUAAAAGCAGUAUGAAUAUGGAAGGACACUUAACAAUUUACGGACGCAAGCACUUAGUUCGACUCACAAAGAGUACAGCGCACUUGUUACUUAAUCUACAUCCGACCUACAAUUUGCUUUUAGAAUUUCAUUUUCUUUUUCAAUUAUGUGAUGUACUAUCUGUAAUGAUUCGUCUUUUCUCAGAUGUAUGAGUGUAGAUCAUUGUCGUGCCAAGUCUAGUGAGUAUUUUCUCGUAUCAAAGUGUUUGUGGUCUGUCGAACUAAAUAAAGGCUUGUUUUCAUUUGAAAGAAUUAUCUUGACAUUUUUGAACAAAAUCAUUCGAUUGCUGCUUCUGUACAACUUUCUUGUUUCAAUUUACCGCAAAUUUCAUGAGGCACUAAUUAUCAAAAAGUAAGAUGUCGAUUUUGUUGAUUCAAUUUACAUACUCAUACCGGUGCCCCGAUAAUAUACUAGCAACGACUAUGAGCUACAUUCAAUCGACACACCGUAGUAAGUGUCGUUGUAACUGUCAUGAAAACUACUUUUUAGCAUAAAGUAAAUGUCUGGAUAAUGAAUGCGAACGCCCGGACUAGACUCGUAUUGUGUCAUAUUUUAGUUAGAUGAAGUGAGGCGGUGGUGCCGGAUGAGUGGAUGAGUGAAUGAAUUAACUGGGUUGAUAAUUAUAAUUAUAGUUGUUCGACUGUCAUAUCCAUCUGUAACGGUAACCACAAAAACACCAUUUUUGUCAUCAUGUGUGAGGGCAUUGGCCUUGGUUCCCAACGACCCCACAUACACAAUCACGAAUGAGCAUGACACACUAAACAAAGGACCAAAACAGUACGCCUGCUCACAUUUUGAUUGCAUGCGGGAGUGCCUUUGCACCUCCACACACGUGAAAGCACACCAC